AUGGCGCGCCAGAAACAAACAAAGCCCAUCCAACGCGCCGCAUCCUCUGAGCUGGUAAAUAUGCUUCCAGGCGAUUCUCCUGCCAGGUCAAAGCAGCAGAAUGGGGACGCAAAGGCAGCUGUCGCAAGCGCAGGCGCAACUGAUGGCAAAGAGCACGGAGUUGCAGACACCCCCGGCCUGUUGCAGCUUGCGAUCUGUGUCGUGGGGAUAUACGCUUCUUUCCUGUCAUGGGGUGUUCUUCAAGAAGCGAUUACCACGGUUUCCUACCCCGUCCGUCCUGCUACUGCAGCCGAACCAGAGCCACCCACCGAGCGGUUCACAUUCUCGAUUGUGUUGAAUACUAUACAGUCGACGUUUGCUGCAAUUACCGGUUUCCUGUACCUCUACUUCUCGACCCCCAAGGGCGCAAAGAUUCCAUCGAUUUUCCCGACCCAGAAGAUCAUUUUUCCUCUGGUUCUCGUCAGCAUUUCGUCCUCUCUUGCUUCUCCAUUUGGAUAUGCAAGUCUUGCGCACAUUGACUACCUCACCUUCAUUCUCGCCAAGUCGUGCAAAUUGCUCCCAGUCAUGUUCCUCCAUCUGACCAUCUUUCGCAAGCGAUAUCCCUUGUACAAGUACGGGGUGGUUCUCCUGGUUACACUCGGCGUUGCGACAUUCACCCUGCACCACCCAGGGACGAGUAAGAAGGUUGCUGCUUCCGCCGCCAAGGGCCAAUCGGGGUCGUCGACAUGGGGCAUCUUCCUCCUCUCUAUCAAUUUGCUGCUUGACGGGCUCACAAACACUACCCAAGACCAUGUCUUCAGCUCCCCCCAGGUCUACACCCGAUUUACGGGACCACAGAUGAUGGUAGCCCAGAACGUCCUCUCAACGCUCCUGACUUCGGCUUACCUCCUAAUCAUGCCCCAUCUAUCAUCAACCGGCAUCAUACAUGCGAUCCUCCCGAUCCCAAUUCCGCCCUCGACCGAGACGGAGCUGGCGACUGCCGUGUCGUUUCUUUCCCGGCAUCCCGAGGUUCUGAAGAGUGUCCUUGGGUUUGCAGCUUGCGGCGCGAUUGGACAACUGUUCAUUUUCUACACUCUGUCUCGAUUCUCGUCUCUGCUCCUGGUGACGGUAACAGUGACCCGCAAAAUGCUUACCAUGCUUUUGAGUGUUUUUUGGUUUGGUCACUCACUAUCCGCUGGACAGUGGCUUGGAAUCAGCCUGGUCUUUGGUGGCAUUGGGGCAGAAGCUGUCGUUCAGAGGCAGGAAAAGAAGGCCAAGGCGUUGGCUAAGAAGUCGGAUUAG